AUGGGCGCCCAGGCUCCUAUUCCACUCAUAGUUGUCCAGCCAGCAGAUGUUGAAGAAGAAUUUCUGGACGUUGAAGAGAUGGAUGGAGAAUUCGAAGUCGAAGCAACGGUUGAACUUCCUGCACUUCCUAAAGUCGUCGAAAAACCCGAAGAAAAGCCCGAGGCUCAUCGUGAGAUCACCUACACGAAAGAUCUGUCCCUGAUGACAGAGGAGGAGAAGGCCGAGCAGUUGCGUAUCGAACAAGAUGAAGCUGCAAAAGCCAUUAAGAAGAGGGUGGUGAAAGACGGACAUAGCGAGAAG